AGUCAAAUACAUAUUUUCAAACCUACAGGCAUGUGUUGUUGUUGACAUUAAAAUUUAAAAUUUUACGCAAAAAUAAUUUACAUCUUUCAAGGAUAAUUAUAAAUAUUUUCUCUUAAACAUGUUUACUAUAAAGACGGGUGGCGCUGUUUCAACUUUGAGAAAUUUUGCGAAAAUAAUUUUACCGAAUAAUACGAUUAGCACUUCAUCUUUAUUAUGUAAAGUUGAAGACCGAAAACAAAUGUUAGCAUCCUUACCGAAAAUAGAUGAAGGCACCGCAGGAGAAAAGUCUAUAGAUAUUGAUUCUUUAAUUCAAAAAAAAGAAAAUGUUUUCCCCGACAAAGAAACACCAAACCGUUUAUUUAAUGGAAUUCCUUUUAAUGAAUUGCCUAUUUGUAACAUAAAAGUAUCAAAAAACAACACGAUUAUUUCAUUCACUGAUCAUAAAGGUCAAACACGUUUAUUACGUUCUUGUGGAAUGGAAGGUUUUAAAAAUACUCGGAAAGGAACAAAUAUUGCAGCUCAAGCUACAGCAAUAAGUAUUAGUUCAAGGGCGCUUGAUAUUGGUUGGAAAACUAUUCGAGUUGCAAUCAGAGGGCUAGGUCCUGGGCGAUUGUCUGCUAUUAAAGGUUUGCAAAUGGGAGGAUUAAAUAUUGUUUCAGUUACAGAUGCCACCCCAGUUUCUUGGAAUCCACCUAGACCCAGAAAACAAAGAAGGCUUUAAAAUAGUAAUAGCAAAACAUUUAUUUAUAUAAAAUUAAUUGAAAUUUUUUAUUAAAUUUUCUAUAUCAAUAAGUAUUAA